CACUGUGGUAUCUGUGACUUCCUCCACUCCCACAUCUCACCUCCACUCUCAGCCUUCUAUAUUUCCGCUUGGUUGUCUACGAUUUUGCGUUUUUCCAGCUUCUUUCUUUCUGGUCUUACCACAACUAUCACUUUCCUUGCCAUCGAGGGUCUUCCUAUUGUAUAGGCUUUUGGACCUUCUGCUAGUAUUAGCUGCUUAGGGUUUCAGCCAUGGAUUUGGCGACGAGUUAUGCGGACGAUGUCGAAGAGGAUUCCAAGCAGUUUCAGAGGGACAGCAACCGGCCUACACAAUCCAAUCGCGGCAUGACAGCUCAACGGCUGCCGACGUGGAAGGAGCGGGAGAAUAACAAGCGGAGGGAGCGUAGACGCCGGGCCAUUGCAGCGAAAAUCUUCACCGGCCUGCGGACCUACGGGAACUUCGACCUGCCGAAGCAUUGUGACAAUAACGAAGUGCUCAAGGCGGUGUGCAAAGAGGCCGGCUGGAUUGUCGAGGAGGACGGGACGACAUACCGAAAGGGCCAGCCUCGACCGCAGCAACCCGAAGCGUCAGCAGGGAUCGACUCCGCCUACAGAGCGGAUAGCCGCGUGCAAGCUUACGCUUCGUCAAAUGGCAACGCCCUCGAUAAUACCGAACCCGAUCACCCAGCAUCUACCGCGGGAGACAGUGACCCUGGGAUGUCCGCGAAUGGCUGCGUUAUCCCGAUGCACGGGAGGGAUGCCGGGCUUGGCGCCGGUGCUGCUUUAAGCGCCGCCGCUGCGCCGAUGGCGGAGGUGAGACCUGCUCCCGGGGGAGGAAACGCUCGUGGUUCCGGAACUUCGCAGACUGGCGGAGCGGCGCUGGCAGGCGGGGGAGCGCAGACAGGCGGGACUGCAGCGCCUGCUGCGGAGCUGCUGAAGCUGAUGUCCGCGCUCGCCGCCUUCCCCGCCGCGGCGGCGCAGCUUGGCGCAGCGCUGAAUUCUUCCGCCGCGUCUCUCGCCGCAGUUGCUUCGUCCAUCGGCCUUCCUCCGUCAACUACCACUUCAUUGGACGUCCAGCAGGUUCUCAUGCUGCUCUCUAAGGGAGGCGCUACUAACGGUGACCAGUCACCUGGUACUCGACCGCCUGUUCCCACGUCAUCCGGCAUACCGUCAGAUCUCUACUCUCUGCUGCAAUCGUCGCGUUCCUCUGCUGCGCCGUCCUUGGCGCUUCAUAGACCUAUGGCUCCUGUUCAGUCAGCCAAUCCCGUCGCCCCGUUACUUCCGCUACAGCAACAGCAGCAGCAGCAGCAGCAGCAACAUCAUCAUCAUCAGCAGCAGCAGCAGCAGCAGCUUUUCGCUCAUCAACAACAACAACAACAACAACAACAACAAACAACAACAACAACAACAACAACAACAACAACAGCAGCAACUGCUUCUGGGCCUGUUGCAAGGCGCUUCCAACGUCGGCCAAUCAUCAGCAUCUUCCGCUCUAAUCCCCGCCUCUGCUUCCCCCACUGACCGCGCGGUACCUGCGCCUGCUACUUCCGCCAGCGGCAACUCCAGCCUGGGCGCGGGGAACAGCAUUAGCCCGCAAGGCGGGAGCGCUACGCGCGGCGGAGCGCUGGGUCCGCAGCGGACGGUGGAGUUUAAAGCGCCUGGAGCGAAGGACGCGAGAUGGGGUGCGGGAGUGAGGCGAAUGGCGACGAGCUGGGAUGUGGAGGCACCUAUGAAGCCACCCCCUGUGAUGCGCUCAGACGAUCUCGAGCUCAGCCUUGGCCUGGGGUUAUGCAAACGGUAAGGAGGGGUGUGGUUGCAUAUUCACCCUUUCAUGGUCACGUUGAUGCUGUUGAUUGUGUGGGUGCCAGUUUUGCCAGCUUCUUUAGAGGGGUAUUUCCAGAACGACCACGAAAUUGGGGAGCGCUAAGCUAGGUCGUCAGCAGCUGUGCAUUACAAGCAGGAUACCAGGAACUGACCGUUUUUUCCUGUGUCUCUCGUGGCACGUGCUGUUACACCUGUUGAGACGAUUAAAGCUACCUUAUUACUUGGCGCUUGACACCUUGGAAGCUGGGAUUGUACUCCCAGGCUUCGUGCUUGUAGAUGUGCUACUGUGUUGGGUUUCCCUUCUGCCAUUGUAUUUUGGAUGCGCUUUCCAUAAAUAAUUGUAGUCCAUUCGU